ACAGUUUGGGGCACCUGUGAUGACGUUGUUCUGUUGGAGGAAGGACCCCUCUAACGGCUCCCAGUCGUCAGCUUGUUCAGUAAUUAUUGUGUAAAUGAAUUUUUAUCCACAACAAUCCGAAUCAUCCUGUUAAACAAGCGGCCCUGACCGGAGCUAAGAGCUCUGUUUGCAACCCCAGAACAACAAGCCACUGAGAGGGAGCCAUGUUUUUGUACAACAUUACCCUGCAGCGAGCCACUGGCAUCACCCAUGCCAUCCAUGGAAACUUCUCAGGGACGAAGAUGCAGGAGAUUGUUGUUUCCAGGGGAAAGAUCCUGGAGCUUCUGCGACCAGAUGCCAACACGGGGAAGGUGCACACUCUCCUCACCGUGGAGGUGUUUGGCAUUGUGAGGUCUCUGAUGGCGUUCAGGCUCACUGGAGGAACCAAAGACUACAUCGUCGUGGGAAGUGACAGUGGUCGCAUCGUCAUCCUGGAGUAUCAUCCAUCCAAGAACAUGUUUGAGAAGAUCCACCAGGAGACGUUUGGGAAGAGCGGCUGCCGGCGCAUCGUGCCUGGACAGUACCUGGCUGUCGACCCCAAAGGCAGAGCUGUCAUGAUCGGAGCCAUAGAGAAACAGAAGCUGGUUUAUAUUCUGAACAGAGACGCUGCAGCGAGGUUGACCAUCUCCUCGCCUCUGGAAGCCCAUAAAGCAAACACACUGGUCUACCAUGUGGUCGGAGUGGAUGUCGGCUUUGAAAAUCCCAUGUUUGCCUGCUUAGAAAUGGACUACGAGGAGGCGGACAACGACCCGACGGGAGAGGCCGCCGCCAACACCCAGCAGACGCUCACCUUCUACGAGCUCGACCUCGGCUUGAAUCACGUGGUCCGAAAGUACAGUGAAGCUUUGGAAGAGCACGGAAAUUUCCUCAUUACUGUUCCUGGUGGAUCGGAUGGACCCAGUGGAGUUCUGAUCUGCUCUGAAAACUACAUCACAUACAAGAACUUUGGAGACCAGCCUGACAUCCGCUGUCCCAUCCCCAGGCGGAGGAACGACCUGGACGACCCGGAGCGUGGCAUGAUAUUUGUCUGCUCAGCCACCCACAAGACCAAGUCCAUGUUCUUUUUCCUGGCUCAGACCGAGCAGGGGGACAUCUUUAAGGUCACCCUGGAGACGGAUGAAGAAAUGGUGACAGAGAUCAGACUGAAGUACUUCGACACCAUCCCCGUGGCAACAGCCAUGUGUGUCCUGAAGACCGGCUUCCUGUUUGUGGCCUCAGAGUUUGGAAACCACUACCUUUACCAAAUCGCUCACCUGGGAGACGACGACGAGGAGCCCGAGUUCUCCUCGGCGAUGCCUCUGGAGGAGGGGGACACCUUCUUCUUCCAGCCCCGCCCCCUUAAAAACCUGGUGCUGGUGGAUGAGCAGGAGAACCUGUCGCCCAUCAUGUCCUGCCAAAUUGCGGAUCUGGCGAACGAGGACACGCCUCAGCUGUAUGUGGCCUGUGGACGAGGACCCAGGUCCACUCUGCGGGUGCUUCGGCAUGGACUGGAGGUUUCUGAAAUGGCCGUGUCUGAGCUGCCCGGUAACCCCAACGCCGUGUGGACGGUCCGCAGACAUGUGGAAGAUGAGUUUGACGCCUACAUCAUCGUGUCCUUCGUCAACGCCACCCUGGUGCUGUCCAUCGGGGAGACCGUGGAGGAAGUGACUGAUUCUGGGUUUCUGGGAACCACGCCCACCCUGUCCUGCUCCCUCCUGGGGGAGGACGCCCUGGUGCAGGUCUACCCAGACGGCAUCCGCCACAUUCGAGCAGACAAGCGUGUGAACGAGUGGAAAACUCCGGGUAAGAAGACGAUCGUCCGCUGUGCGGUCAACCAGCGGCAAGUGGUCAUCGCCCUGACCGGGGGGGAGCUGGUCUACUUUGAGAUGGACCCGUCCGGCCAGCUGAACGAGUACACCGAGCGGAAGGAGAUGUCUGCCGACGUGGUCUGCAUGAGCCUGGCCAACGUCCCGCCCGGCGAGCAGCGCUCCCGCUUCCUGGCCGUGGGGCUGGUGGACAACACCGUGCGGAUCAUCUCCCUGGACCCCUCGGACUGUCUGCAGCCGCUCAGCAUGCAGGCGCUUCCUGCGCAGCCAGAGAGCCUGUGCAUCGUGGAGAUGGGAGGGGUGGAGAAGCAGGACGAGCUGGGGGACAAGGGAACCAUCGGGUUCCUCUACCUCAACAUCGGCCUUCAGAACGGCGUGCUGCUCAGGACCGUGUUGGACCCAGUGACCGGCGACCUGUCCGACACCAGGACUCGGUACCUGGGGUCCCGACCCGUCAAGCUGUUCCGAGUCAGGAUGCAGGGACAGGAGGCCGUGCUGGCCAUGUCCAGCCGCUCGUGGCUCAGCUACUCCUACCAGUCCCGCUUCCACCUCACCCCCCUGUCCUACGAGACGCUGGAGUACGCCUCUGGUUUCGCCUCGGAGCAGUGUCCAGAGGGCAUCGUGGCCAUCUCCACCAACACGCUGAGGAUCUUGGCUCUGGAGAAGCUGGGCGCCGUCUUCAACCAGGUGGCCUUUCCUCUGCAGUACACUCCCCGGAAGUUUGUCAUCCACCCGGAGACCAACAACCUGGUCCUGAUCGAGACCGACCACAACGCCUACACCGAGGCCACCAAAGCCCAGCGGAAGCAGCAGAUGGCCGAGGAGAUGGUGGAAGCUGCUGGGGAGGACGAGCGAGAGCUGGCUGCAGAGAUGGCCGCCGCCUUCCUCAACGAGAACCUCCCCGAGGCCAUUUUCGGCUCGCCCAAGGCGGGCGCCGGGCAGUGGGCCUCGCUGGUGCGGCUGGUCAACCCCAUCCAGGGCACCACGCUGGACCAGGUGCAGCUGGAGCAGAACGAGGCCGCCUUCAGAGACAUGAUCCUCAACCCGCGCUCGGUGGGCGGCGGCUUCAUCUACACCUAUCGGCUCACGGCCGGCGGGGAGAAGCUGGAGUUUGUGCACAAGACCCCGGUGGAGGACGUGCCGCUGGCCAUCGCCCCCUUCCAGGGCCGGGUGCUGGUCGGCGUCGGGAAGCUGCUGAGAAUCUACGACUUGGGCAAAAAGAAGCUGCUGCGCAAGUGUGAGAACAAGCACGUCCCCAACCUGGUGUCGGGCAUCUACACCAUCGGCCAGCGCGUCAUCGUGUCCGACGUGCAGGAGAGCCUGUUCUGGGUGCGCUACCGCCGCAACGAGAACCAGCUCAUCAUCUUCGCCGACGACACCUACCCCCGCUGGGUGACCACGGCCUGCCUGCUGGACUACGACACCAUGGCCUCCGCCGACAAGUUCGGCAACAUCAGCAUCGUGAGUGGCGCUCGGCCGCCGCGGCGCCGCCCGCCCGCCCGCCGCAGAGCCCAGGAGUCACCGGGACCUGCUUUGUUUUCCCAGGUGCGGCUGCCCCCCAACACCAGCGACGACGUGGACGAGGACCCCACGGGGAACAAAGCCCUGUGGGACAGGGGCCUCCUCAACGGAGCCUCGCAGAAGGCUGAAGUUGUGGUCAACUACCACGUGGGAGAGACGGUGCUGUCCCUCCAGAAGACCACCCUGAUCCCGGGAGGCUCCGAGUCGCUGGUCUACACCACGCUGUCGGGGGGCAUCGGCAUCCUGGUGCCCUUCACUUCACACGAGGAUCACGACUUCUUCCAGCAUCUGGAGAUGCACAUGCGCUCCGAGUUCCCCCCGUUUUGCGGCAGGGACCAUCUCAGCUUCAGGUCCUAUUACUUCCCCGUCAAGAACGUGAUCGACGGGGACCUGUGUGAGCAGUUCAACAGCAUGGACCCCCACAAGCAGAAGAGCGUGGCCGAGGAGCUGGACCGGACCCCCCCAGAGGUCUCCAAGAAGCUGGAGGACAUCCGCACCCGCUACGCCUUCUAGAGGCCCCCGAAGAGCCGACCCGUCCGGGGCUCACAAACCCCGGCAAAGCUGAGACAUUUUCACUAGUUUUAGAAAAGAGGAUUCAUUUUUGGAGCCUGCCGCGGAGCCCAGGUGAGAGAGAGAGCCCAGCCACCGUUUGAUCAUUUUGACCCUUUGAUUAGAACAAAGGGCCCCGACGGGAGCCGCUCGCCCUCCUGUGCCAUUAGACGCCGGGCAAAGUCAGACUGAAUAAGUGGGUGGAGGAAAAAUCCUGAAGGUUUGCUGGGUGUUGUUCCUGUCAGUCCAGUAAAUUCCCAACCACAGACGCAGCAUUCCUCACAAAUCACUGGACUUCGGGGUUUGUGGGCCGGGGGCAGUGGUCUGUUUUUUUGUAAAUAAAGUUGUUUUUGUACUGUACAAUAA